AUGAAAUCUGCACGAGCCUCUCUGCAGCCGACGAAACAAGAAAAACUCUCUGCUCGGCCCUACCAGGUGGAAAUGGCUGAGAUAGCCAAACACGAGAGCGUCAUCAUUAAGCUGAAUACAGGCCUGGGCAAGACUUUCAUCGCCGUCAUUGUCAUUAAGCAUCACUUACCCGAAACCUACAAACCGCUGGCCGAGGGCGGCAGGCGAAUUGUCUUCAUAUGCAAGACUGUGCAUCUGGUCUAUCAGCACGCCGAAUUCCUUAGAGCACAGCUACCUGUUCGGCCAGAAGAGAUUGGUAUUUUCCACGGUACCGUUGCGCCCGGCGUUUGGAUUGACAGCUGGGACCAGAAUGUUUGGCGCGGUCAGCUGGAGAAGCACAAGGUGCUCGUAGCGACUGCUGGUGUCUUUCGCGACGUCCUCAAUCACCGGAAAGUUAGCCUAAACAAUGUCUGCUUGCUCAUCUUUGAUGAGUGCCACCACGCGGAUCCGGACACAAAUUCGGAUUUCACCGACAUCUGCCAACACCUUCGCGCCUUCCCGCCUGGCCCCUGGCAACCGGACUAUUCUCGGGGACCGAAGGUGAUGCAUUAUUUCUGA